UUAGGUUGCUUCUAUGUCUUGUUUGCCUACCUUUUUAAUCAGAGAGAUCUCAUGUAGUAAUUCUCCAGUCCAGGGACUUAUGCUUCAUCAUGUCACGUCAUAUUCCUUAUUGGGAGUGGUAAAACCUGCUCCAUACUUGAAUACAUUUUCUUAAUUUUUUUAAGCUAUUCUGUGUUUUAGCUACCUUUUUAAAUGCUUUUUAUGUGUAUUACUUCACGCCUACCUGAGGGAAGGAUUCUGUGGGUGUCCCCUUACUAUGCCUUUUGUUCUCAGACCCCUGGGUGACUCCGAGCUUAUGUGCAUGCCGGAGCAUCUAGUUGACAUGGUGUCUUGGGCACUCGCCUCUAAUCUGGGCUUGUACUUCAUGGCCGCUGACCCCCCACCCAGAUUGCCUCUUCUAACUCUCCAACUCUUGAGCCUUGUAACUCCUGCUUGGUGAAGUAGCCAGAUGCUGACCUCAUCUUUAUCUUCCUUCAGGCUAACCACAUUUCUGAUCCACAGUAUGAACUAUGGUCCAGAAUUUGUACUCCUUUUUGACUGGCCACCUUAGUUCUACUGGUUCCUGCUUCUGCUCCUGGUCUUUUGGCUGACUCCCAUUUUGCAGUUUUCUAUUUAUGGAUAGACUCGUUGGGGCAGGGUCUGUGAGAUUUGAAGGUAGCAGGAACUUACAAUUUUAGUCAUUGCCUUAGGUUUUUUUGGGUACUGGUGGGGAGGGUCUGGGUAGGCUUGCUAGAACUGAAAAUCAUUUGACUCUGAGGAACAAGUGUCCAUGCUUGUUCUUUACCUAGGAUUUUCUCUCCUCCUUCAGAAUGUGGCAGCCAACUCAGACUGCUGAUUUCUUCACACAUGCUACUUCAUCCUCAGUCAUGCCUCUGCCGACAGGUGGCACCCUUGCAUGGCGAGGGCUGGGGUGUACUGAACAUCCUGGCUACUGGAGCCCCAAGUUAAAAUCACACUUGGAGUUGGACUUGGCUGUAGACCCAUGAUUCCUUGAAUGUGCAUUUCAACCUUUUUACUGAGACGUAAGAAUGUUAAACUGUGAAACUGGAAGACGCCGUAAAGAUUCCCCUCAUUUUAUGGAUGAAGAAACUGAAGCUAGGAGCAGUUAAAUGAUUGCUCAGAAUCGUAACUAUUAAGUGGCAGAGAUUUUACAACCUGGUGUUCUGACUCCAAGCCAAAUUAUGUUUUUCCCACAAACCAAAGAUAGAAGAUGUCAGUAAAUUGAGGGUGUGGGGUGUGUGUGUGUGUGUGUGUUUUGGGGGAGUGUGACUAGUUUUGCUUGAGUGAGGUUGUUGAGGCAUAUAUGAUUUCUAAGGUGUGUUCUAACAGUUUGCCUCUGGCACCUUGUGACUACAUUGCAACAACACCCUCCCCAUCAGACUUUCAUAACUUUCACAUAUAUUGUACAUAUUUAAUUAUGUUAUUCAGUUAUAAUAUAUGUAUUUAAAAAAGGUAAGAAAGCCAAAAUUUGACCAUAUUUCAUCACCAAGACUUUCUGAACCCACGAACCUCCUCUUUUUUUCCCCCAUUGGUGAGAGCUUUGCCAUAGAGUAAGGUGACCCUGAUUCCUUGCCAAUGAACCUAUUAUUGUGCUUUGACAUGUAUUGCUACUAAACUACUUAAGAUCAAGAGGAAGGAGAGACUCAGUUUGUGUUCAGGACAGAGUUUAAAUGGAAAUUCACAUUUUUUUCAGCAGUGUAACACUGCCACUCUUGACCAUGAAUGUAGCACCGUAUUACGUAUUGAAGUUAAUGAAAAGACAUACAAGGUUGGUUCCUGCACUCUAGUUGGGGACUUGAGUAAACUAUGUGAGUGGUAUGUAUAGUAGAAAAGGUGAGUGCUUGGGGACAGAGGUUCCAGUUAAGGAAACUUUCCUGAGCUGGGCCUUGGUAAUCUCGUCACACUUUAUAGACCAAAGGUGGAACAAUCUUAACUUGCCCUUUGUUUCUAAAAGCUUUAUUUGAAAACUAUAAUCAAAUCAUUGCAGUUGAUGGCAAAUGGCUUUAAAAAACUCCAACCUGACUAUUCCUCAUCUUGGACAAAGACAUCUCAUGUAGUCUUUUUUUUUUUUUUGAGGAAGAUCAGCCCUGAGCUAACAUCUGCCCAUCUUCCUCUACUUUAUAUGUGGGACACCUACACAGCAUGGCUUGCCAAGCAGUGCCAUGUCCGCACCCAGGAUCUGAACUGGUGAACCCCAGGCUGCCGAAGCGGAACGUGCGCACGUAACCACUGCACCAAUGGGCCGGCCCCUCAUGUAGUCUUGAUAGAAUAUUUCACAGUAUUCUAUAUUAGUACAUGAUGGUGACUUACAGGUGAGGCAAUAAAAAUCAGCUUGUUCAAGGUCAAGUAUAGCCUAACUUUUCAGUGUAACUUUUUUUUUUUGGAGAAUUUUCUUCUAUAGAUCCUUCAGUCCUGAAUGUACAGUUUGUAAGCUCAAAGUCCAGUGCAGGAAAGGACCAUGCUGAAUUAAGUAGGGGCAGUGAGCUCUGAUGGGUAGAUAAGACCUCAAGUCACAGAUUGAUGGAUUCCCAAAGUUUCAGAGGUCAGAGGAAGAAAGCUGCCCCAGUGUGUUCACAUGGCAACUAAGCGAUCAGUAGGCUGGAAAGAGCAGGGCUGGUGCGGGAGGGAGAGACCCAGUUUGUUCAAGGAACCAAGAGAGAGCAGGGCAGGAGUAAAAGUACGAGGGAUGUGUUGUCACACAAAUGUCUUAUACCUGGGGUACCUGUCCCCAAAGCCCUGAUCGCUGAAAUCUUUAAAUGAACCCUUUAUUAAACUCUUCCACAAUGCAGAGCUACAGACGAAGCUCUCACUGGGCUUGGGGGACUCCACUCAAGUCAGUUUUCAAGUGAAUUUGAUAAGUUGCUAUGACAGCAGACCCACUCAUCCUUUGAGAAAUGAAUGCCUCUAAUUUUGAUAAUACAUUAGGGUCUUUUUUUUAAGGUGAAAUUUUGAGCAAUUUUCUGGAAUCGUUAUUCUUUUUAUGGCUGAGGAUUGGCAAAUGAGUCUUGCUUAUUUUUAAAACAGUUUUUUGAGUGGGUGAGUGUGGAAGUGUGGGCAUAGUGUCAGAUAAGUGAAUGUGUGGGUAUAACGUGUAUCUAUAUCAGUGAAAGCCAGAAUAAUUACUAUCCUCAGUACCCAGAUUGGCACCAAACCAUGUUUUAAUGUGCAGAUCUAAACAGAGUGCUAGUUAACAGGAAAUUACGUUUCCAGUUUAACAGUGGCAUUUGAUUGUGCAGAGUAGCAGGUUCCUUCCUUUCUCUUUCUGUUUCGUUCAUUCUUUCUUUCUUUCAUGCUAGUAAAUAAAUUAAGCACCUAACCACGUGAGGAGAGAGGAACAUUGGGGGAAAGAUGGGUUUUGUUGUGAAUACUGGGGACUUGGUGUGAUGUCACUGCCAGCUCUGUGUGAUCGUAGGUGGUGUUAGAGCUCCAGGAGCUAGAGGCGGGAGAGCAGUGGGAGAGACGAUGUCGCUCUCAGACAGGCAGCCAGCCUCUCGCACUGCCGCUUACGGGCAGCUCUGUAAGGGCAAGCCUGAAGAGUGCCGAAUGGACUCCCCAAAAGAAAUCAGUCAAGCUGGAUUUGAGUGGCAGAGAACAGAGGGCAAACUGAAUGAAAUCGGGCUGAAUGUCAGCAUGGACGGGCAGCUAAAAGACAGGCUCGUGAAGAAUGCCAGCUUCCUGGAGCAGAAUAAGCUCUGCCGCUUUGAGGGGAAGCUAGACAAAGAGCUCAGCAUUGAAGUGCAGGACAAGGACUAUCAAGCAACCUCGGGUCACCUUGAGAGCAGGUAUGUGAUUUCAGAAACCUGCCAUCCCUCAGAGGGGAACUCAGUACACCAGAAGACAGCUGAGUUCCAUUUGGGACCCAGAGAGGGGCCAGACGAAAACAAAGCCACUGUAGUUCAGGGGAUGGUGGCAGGGAAGAAUGGGCCAGAGAUGAAGAGCCAGCCAGAUCUGGAUUUCCCUGGGGCUGCUGACAUCUCUACUUGUUAUGUGAAGGAGCAGGAAACCAGUGUUUGGAACCCCAACUUUCAUCCAGUGGUUCAAGGCUCUCAGGGCUCAAGGGAAGCAAUUCCAGGAAAGGAGAAUGGCAUCACCCCUGGCUGCCAGGUGAUUGGGGUGGUAAGUGAUAACUUUGGGCAGCUUGAAUGUGAGUCCUCACCGCCAGUGGCUGUAGCCCACCCAGCCCCUACUAUUGAGCAUUCACCCACUACCAUUCCACCAAUCACUAUGGUGGAGUUCACCCAGGAAUAUUUGAAUGCCAGCUCUCAUAUCAGAGACCAUGAUAAGGAGUUGGAGAAGUUGAGUUCUGCUGAGGAGGGGGCUUCGCUUGACCAAGGCCCCCAGCAGAAAAAGGCAAUGCGCCGGGCUCUGUCUGAAUGUUCUCACCUCUCAGUUCCCCCAGCUGUCAACCUUGCAGAUAAGUAUCCUCAGCUCCCUGCCCGAGAAGAGAUUUCUUCUGGCCUGCCUCUUACCAGUAGCCCAGUGCCGAGUCCCAUGCCCAGGAAAUUGGGGGCUCCUGCCAUGAAGCGCUCCGUGACAGUGGCUGAGGAACAGACAGCUAGCUUCGUAUUGAACCCUGGGGAACUGCCCAUCCUGUCUGCUGAAGAGGUACCUCCUUUUAUCUGCGAGGAACCAGUGGCCGAGAAGAGAGAAGAAUUGACCCACUUCAGCAACAGCAGCAGCAGCUCUGGGAAGAAGGAGCUGGGCACUACUAAGGCACAUCUCCAUGGUAAGCUGGAGCAGCCUCCUGAAGUAAGUAGCAAGGAAAAAGGACAAGAAGAUAUUCGUGAAACAAGAACAGAUUUGUGCUCCCAGGUCUGCCAGGGAGGUGAGAAACAGCCAGGACAGACAGCUCUAGCAGGGAAGAAAGAAAUUGAGGUCAUUGCAACCCAGAGCACUCCAUCGUUCCUGUGUGAAGAGACCCCACGUGAUGGUAUGUUUCUAAAUUUUGCCUCCAUGGGGAACAAGCAGACAGCAAGGAAGGAACCAAAGUGACAGAUUAGCGAAACGAGCGUUAGGCCGCUUGUUACUGCUGGAGUCUGCCUGCCUGAGGAAAGCUUAAUUCCCUUGCAUCAGAAGGUUGCUGGGAGGGAGGCAAGAAAGUGAACAAAGUGAAUCUGGCUGGGUCAACCUGAACGUCUGCUAGCAUGGCAGACAGUGUAGACUGAGGAUGUGGCUGAUUGAGUUGGGGGUGGGAUGGGGUCGGAGGGUGGUGGACAUAAGAAAUAGAACCCCUUUCAUGACCUCAUGUCACCCUGCCCACCCCAUCCCCCAUCCUCCCAACCCUCGGCUCCCUGUUGGUUUGAGCCAGAUGAUUCCUGAGCCCUAAAUCAUCCAAUCACAACUGAUUGAUUUCCCUGCUUGAAAAUCUGUCACUGUGUAGAUUUACAAUAGGUUUAUCAGCACUAACCUCCACUCAUUAAGUUGCACGGUCUGGAUGCAAGCUGUUUUCCAUUUUGCUCUUGAGAACGUUUUACUUUUGUUUAAGCUGAAAAAGCGCCUUUUAAAGCUGACUAUUUAAUAUUCUUUUCUGUUCUUCAUGUUUGACCAAAUCUCGCUUCUAGUUUUCUCUUUCUGUACGUGUGUUGGGAGGAUUUGUGGGGAGAAGGGGAAGAAAGGGAAAGAGGAGAGAGAAGGAGAGACUUGUACUUAAUAAACAGCUAAAUGUUGCAGUCUUUGUGGCUGCCUUCUGUGUCUUUCUUCCCGGCCCUUUCUUCUCCUCCCCAUCCCCCAUCCCCCCAUGGAUCUUAUUGUUGGUGGUGAGUCCAGUUUGAGCACAAAGGACCAUGAUUCACAAGCUAAUCAAUGGGAAUUUAAAUCAUGUGUUGUUUGUAACAAAAUAACCUCUUUUCCUGAGAGGAAUUAUUUAUUCCUCUCAGUACAUUUUAAUGAAAUUUUUCACUCAUUUUCUCUUAAAGUUAGAAAUGGGUAUUUUCUAAGGGAAGUGUAAGUGGAAAGGACCCUUGAAGACUGACAGGUUUUUUUUUUAAUGGAGAUUGGCAAAGAAGCUUCGUGUUUCCUCUAUGAUUUCUUAUGACUCCAAGAUGACAAGAACUCAGGUAUUCUGUGCUGUUGCUUGUUUCUAGCUGUGGCAGAACUGUAAGCUCCUCAUGGAUAAGAUUGUGUCACCUUUUUACUGACCUUCAGGUGCCCAAUCAGUGCCAUACACCUUGGAGGUGCUAAGGAGUGAAGACUUUUGUUUAUUUCAGAAAGAGUUUAUCCUAGUUCACACUAACGCGUUUAUGCUGGUAGAAAAAAAUUUCAAAUGACUGGCAAACCUCACUGAUCCAUUCACCUAAUAAAUGUUUGAAUACUGACUCUGCUAAAUGCUAUGUAGAUAAAAUUAUAUGAAGAUUCAUUUAUUCAAUAUGCCUACCAUACGCCAGUCCCUAUUUAGGCACUGGAUAUUGUCAUUAUCCUCAAGCAACUUAUGCCUCAGUUAGGGUGGAGAGGGGGUGAGAGGGUUGUGAAUCACGGCAACUUUUUAGAGGGGGUGGUCUUGGAAGCCUAGGAUGCCUAACAAUGCAGAGGGAAAGGCUUCCAGGCAAAGGGAUGCAAAAAAAAAAAAAAGGUGAAUCCUAGACAUCUCACAUUAGUUAGAAGAACAAUGGCGAGUGUUUAUAGAACACUCUGUUAAAGAUCAUUUAAUUUCAAAGAAUGGAAAUGCAGGAACUCAAAUUUUAAAAAAGGUAUUUAUUGACUAGGAAUCCAGUUGCAGGAAGUGCUGCAGCGAUUGUGUGUCUCAGGACCUCGGCUCCUCCUUAAACAUGUGUCUCCAUUCCUUUCCCUUCUGGAGACUUUUUUCUCUGCCAUCUCUUACUUUCUGCUUCCUUUGUGACUCUGGUCUGCACAGGACAUUGGAUUGCCAUCCGUACAUAUGUGGCAAGAAAUAACGGAAGAACAAAUCUAGAAAGUUGUUUGGAACCCUAGCUUCAAAUACCCCCUUAAGAUGUUUAAACCUUACUCCCUUAUUCAAAAAAUUGUGGUGACUUCCUAUGACAAUAAAUGAAGUGGCCCAAAGUCGGCUUUGGGAAGACUUACUUGUUCUGAGUAGCUAAGAUGAACUGGAAGACAGAGGAUUGAAUGCAGAACAUCCUGUGAUGAUAGUUUGAUUCAGGAAGUCGUAGCAGGUGAAAUAUCGAGGACAUGAUAGGGGAAAUAUAACAGAGGCGAAAUCAACUGUAUUUGAAAACUGGAUGUUGAAGCUGCAAGAGAGAGGGGAGUUGAAGGUGAUGCUGUGAAUUUUGAGCCUGAGUUUCACGACACAUAGUAGUACAAAUAAUGGAAAGAUCCAGCAGGAGGGAGCAGUUUUGUGGAGCAGUUAUGAAUUCUGUUUUGAACGGUCUUUUGCGAAACUGUGGGGACAUUUUGGUGAUGGUCAUUAGCAAUUGGUUGGUAGACCUCUGAGGCAAAGGAGGAGGGUCUUGGUGAGAAGCACUGUCUGGGAGGGAGACAGCAGUUUCUGCUUAUGCAUGGGUCAGGUGAGUCACACUUACUUGUGCAGGUUGAAAUGUUGCAUGCCUUUGUCAGAGGCAGUAAGACUUAGUGAAGUGUUCAUGUUGUUUAUUGACAAAUCCUGUGCCUGUUGAAGAAGGUUCAUAGUGGUCUGGGGCCAGUGGCAGUAAGUCACACAUUUGGUAAGGUAUUCUUUCAGCUUGCUAUAGAACAAAGACAUUACCAACCUUGUGUGGUGGGCUUUUUUAUUUCUUUAUAUUUUUAAAACUAAAAAAAAUCCAACUUUUGACUAAAAAUACAUAUGGUUUCAAACAUCAAAAAGUACAAAAAUGUGGGGCCAGCCUGGUGGCACAGCAGUUAAGUUCACAUGUCCCACUUCUUGGU